AUUAAAGAUUUUGCAAGACACAGCAGAAGAAGAGAUAAGUAUGAGGUAAAUGAUGAAAUUAAGAGAAUUUAGGGUUUGUGGGGAAGGGCUACGAAGAAGAUGGAUGAGCAGCGCGGUGCUGAGCUUUGGGGAUGGGAGCCAGGGGGCUCUCGGACUGCCUUCCUCUCUGACGGGUCUUGCUGUUGACGCUUAUGAGCCCACGCCGGUCCCUGCGCUCCCCUCUGAUGUUACCAGUCUCAGUGCCGGACACUACCACUCUUUGGCUGUAACUUCCCAAGGUCAGCUGUGGGCUUGGGGUCGAAACAACGAAGCCCAGCUCGGCCGUGGUCUUCUUGCUCCCAGAGAUUCUUGGAAUGAGCCGAAGAGAGUGCAAGGGUUGGAUAAAGUGAAUGUUUGCGCUGCAUUUGCAUCCGGGGUAAUUUCUGCAGCCAUUGGAGAUGAUGGGUCUUUAUGGGUCUGGGGAAAGUCUAAGCGUGGACAGCUUGGUCUUGGAAAAGGAAUCGUUGAGGCUGUAGCACCUUCCAGGGUUGAAGCGCUUGCUGGAGAAAAGAUAGCCAAGGUGUCAUUUGGUUGGGGGCAUACACUUGCACAAACUGAGGAUGGGAAUUUAUUUGUCUGGGGUUAUUCAGCUGAUGCUAGGAUAGGGAAGGUUGGGGAAUCUUUCGAGAGGUCUCGACUGGAUUCGAGUGUGGGUAUACCAGAAAACAAAGGACAACUCUCAAGCUCGGCAUUCGAAGCUGCCGAGAAGCUGGUUUUAGAAGGAAUGAAGGAGGAGGAAAACAUGCCAAUUGUCUGGGAACCAUGUUUAGUGGAACAAUUACAGGGUGUUGCAGUCUCAGACAUUGCGUGUGGGCUAGAUCAUUCCACAGUCCUCUACCGUGAUGGCACCCUGUUGAGCUGUGGAAGUAACGUAUAUGGUCAGCUGGGCAGAGUAAAUCAAGAUUUGGGAAUGUUGCCAGUUGACAUAACCUUUGUUCCUGUGUCUAUAGCGGCAGGUCUUGGCCAUUCUUUGGCAAUUUGCAGGGUUUCAUCAUCGGAUACGAUAGAAGAUGCUACGGGUAUUGUUUCGUGGGGAUGGAAUCGGAGCUUUCAGCUUGGAAGGACAGGACCAGAGCAUAUCCCAUUGAUGGUUGAAGGGUUAGCUGAUGAAAUUCCAGUCUCUGUGUCAGGGGGGCGUGCACAUUCCGCUGUUCUCACAUCUAAGGGAGAGGUGUGGGUUUGGGGCUGUGGUAAGAAUGGCAGGCUUGGGUUAGGAAGCUCCAGUGAUGAAGCUGAGCCAAUUUUGCUUGACUCUUUACAAGGUUGCGAGGUUAUACAAAUUGUGUCAGGCUUUGAUCAUAAUCUUGUCUUGAUUGCUGAAUAAUGUUAGCCUGAAUAGAAUAUUGGUUGUGAUGAACAAACAUUCCUAUGGUUUGGCUC